CAAUGGCAGAUGGGUCUAAAUUUACUACAUGGCGGAAGAUGGAUGGUGAGAAUGAACUUUGUAGUGGACGUUUUAGCAUUGUGGUUGAUAAAUCAGUACAUGUCAACUACCAACCUCUCAUCCAGUGAAUUUCCGUCGCGUUGUAUCAAGAUAACGAUGUACAUCUAGAAAUAACGACGAAAAACAAAGCAGUUUCAUACUGACACCGUGAACUCAUCAGUUUGAAUGGUUCAGUGGACCGUUCAGUUUUUCAUAUUUUCUUCGAUUGCUUGCAUUUCUAUCAGAUUGGAAAGAAAGUCUGGAAGUCAGUUUGUCAGGAAAAGUAAGCUUUAAGAAUCUAAAUAGUUACUCGUCAACCACUAUUUUUGUUACUGAAUAUUAUUCGUGCAUUCACCGGAUGUGCGUUUUUGACGAGUCCAACAAGAAUCUCAACAGUACUUUUUUAUCCACGGCAAUUAGUUAUUCACUGGUUCCUAAGAGAUUUUUCUCAACAACAACAGUGUACUUUCUGAGAGGUCUUGCUGGGUUUUAGGCAUAUCAUUCUCGAAUAUCUUAGUUUUACAAUUAAUUCUGUUGGGGGUAGAAGCUUAGAUAUUGUUUAUCAGUGUGAAACCGAAGAUUGACCGAAAAUCUGCCCGUGGAAAUCAUUGAAUCACAAAGUUGAACUGGGGAAAGAUUUUGUGACAGUGAUGCAGUCUUAAGGACCUUUAAUAAUAAGGACUGAAUUACAAAGAUAGCUUCUUGCGAAAAAGAAUUGUUGAAAGAGUGACAACGGCGGAUGUGCCUUGAAACGUCGUCAAAAGUGGCGAAUUCUUACGAAAAGCCAGAGACGAUGAAAUUAUAUUUUGUGGUGAACAUAUUUUGAUAUUGUAAUGUCCUCUUUGGCAAAAUGUCACGAAGGGACUGUCUCAAAAGAGCCAUUGGCACCAUCAACAUCGACUAUCUCAAGUUCACCACCACGUAAUCGAGCAAACAGCAUGCCAGUGAAUAAUAACAGUGGAGCUCAUUCAGUCAUUCCUAAUGGACAUCCAGAAAAUGCAGAAAAACAACAACACGAUGUUAAGGCUAAAAAGAAGCUGAUACUUCCAGUUGGGGAUGGACUUGUGUGUACAGAGGCACUGCCUCCUCCAAAAAGCUCAUGGCUACUUCGAUUAUUUGAAUCCAAGUUGUUUGAAAUGUCCAUUGCUAUUGCUUACUUGUUCAAAUCCAAAGAACCUGGAGUUCUCACAUACCUUGGAAACAAACUUUUUUCUUUAGAUGAUGAUGAUGUUAGUUUUUAUCUCCCUCAGCUUAUUAACAUGUAUAUCCAUAUGGAUGAUGUUGGUGAAGUGGUCCACAGUUACAUUGUGGAAAGAUGUAAAAGAAGUUUUGCCUUUUCACUUCAGGCUGCAUGGCUAUUAGAGGCACACUGCGCUGAUGGAUGGCUUCCUACCAAAGAGUAUUCAAGAGGGAUGAGACUGUUACAGAUUAUCAAACUUGAGGGUGCAAAGCCAAAGUCACCAGUAGGUGUUGCUCAGUCUGCUAUAGCUCCAAUAUCUCCUAUUACAUCUACACCAAGCAAAAAGACCCACCAUAGGUCAAAGUCUGAUGCUACUGCUGCAAUAGUGCAUAGUGCUACAUACUCAAGUAACCUGAUGCAGGCACACGAGUUUGAAGGAACUGCAGCAAAUGACUUGAGAUAUGGUCAUGCCUUUGAUGGCUAUUGUCACAAACAUUCAACCCUUACAUCAGCCAAUGCUUCUAGUCCUGCACUUAAAGAUCUUGCUAGAGCGCAAGGCAGCUGCAAUUGUCAGAAUGCAAGAUUAGAGGCACAAAGAGAAUUUAUUUCAGCCUUGAUUGGGAUAGGCAAGAGGCUCCAAACACUGCCAACAAAGGACCUCAAGACUUCCAGACUGUUUGCAGAACUGUCUUUAUUAAAUCUCAACCUACCAGCGAAAGUUAGCCUUCCUGUGCACUUGAAGCUGGGAAGCCAUUAUGUUGUAAGAAUACCGCAUACUGCAGCCGUGGUGCUGAACUCCAAGGAUAAGGCCCCUUAUUUCAUAUAUGUUGAAGUAUUGUGUUCUGAAAAUGAGGAUGAGCCACUUCCAUCAAAACGAUUUGAAAGCUCACUUAGACAGACAAGAUCUGAAGAGCAUUUACCAACAUAUUGCAGAUCAGAAACUGUCAAAUUUAUGAUCAAUUCAGGAGACUCUGAUGAUGAAUGUUGGUCAGCAGAGCUUGAACAAAUGCUCAAACAAGAAUCAUUAGCUAGUAAUGAGAAAACUGAACCAGAUGGAACAGAGGAUACAUUUGUUGCUGCAGCUGAUAUCAGAAAGAGAUUGUCAGAACAACUAAGCACUCCUGCAGCACAAUUCAAAAGAGAUCCUGAAGACCCCUCAGCAUCUGCACUAAAAGAGCCUUUUGAGGACAAAGAGAGAAGAAUACGAGAAACGUCACCCUAUGGGCAUCUGCCUAAUUGGAAGUUACUGCCCAUGAUAGUGAAAUGUGGAGAUGAUUUACGUCAGGAGCUUUUGGCUUACCAAUUGCUAUCUCAGUUGCAGGCCAUUUGGAAACAGGAGAGAGUUCCUCUAGCACUCAGGCCGUUUGCUGUAGUUGUAACGUCCAAUGACAGUGGUCUGAUUGAGCCAAUUGUCAAUGCAGUAUCUCUUCAUCAAAUUAAAAAGCACAGCCAGAUGUCCUUACUGAAUUAUUUCAUUAAGGAACAUGGUGAAAUGAAUUCAGAAGCAUUUCUUACUGCUCAGCGGAACUUUGUCGAAAGCUCUGCAGCGUACUGUCUGGUCUGUUACAUACUCCAGGUUAAAGACAGACACAAUGGCAAUAUUUUAUUGGAUAACGAGGGUCGUAUCAUCCACAUCGAUUUUGGUUUCAUCCUCUCAAGCUCGCCAAGAAAUUUGGGUUUUGAGAACUCGCCAUUCAAGUUGACCCACGAGUUUGUCGAGGUCAUGGGCGGUAUUGGUAGUGACAUGUACAACUACUUCAAGAUUCUAAUGCUGCAAGGUUUUCUAGCAGCUCGUAAAAACAUGGACAAAUGUCUCCAAAUUGUAGAAAUCAUGCAGACUGGCUCGAAUCUCCCUUGCUUUAUGAAUGGACCAUCUACAAUAAAAGCGAUGAGAGACAGAUUCCAUAUGAACUUGACUGAAGAGCAACUCGAUACUUUAGUCAAUGGCAUGGUGGAGACAAGUAUAUCAUCGCUCACUACGAAACUUUAUGAUGGCUUUCAGUAUAUCACUAAUGGCAUCCUUUAACAGAAAUCUCUUGUAAAGAGAGAAAUUGAUGUAACAAUGAAUUGAAGAUUCUGUUGGCUGUGAUGGGGUCUUCAAGUAGACCAAGUCGUGAUCUUCGCUCACCGCAAAAAACUGCUAACAAUUGUACAGAAUUUAAAAUGGUUGAUUAGAAGAGUCAAAGUUGUCAUCGAAAUGGUUUAUUAGAAAUUAUCGAAAAUGGAAUUAUGUAGAGUGUAGAGCAAGGAGAAAGUGGGCUGAUACUUCAUGAAAGAACCCUAAUCCUAAUACGUGUACGUGUAUAGACCCCUUGCAUGUGACGUCAAAACAGCUUCAUCUGGAGGACAAAACAAAAGAUUUUUAUCCUCUUGGGAACUAGAAUCUAUUGUUUUGUCCUCCAGUUGGAGCUGCAUUCCCAUGAACUGCAAGGGGUCUAUAAGUGGGAUCCUACGUGUUCUUACAUGAAGGACCAUAAAGUAGUAACCGGUCAGUUUAUCCCGUAGACAUCGUGGUUUUCUCGGACGCAAGUGUUGUACACUUUGGUUGGUUGAUCAAAGGCAAAUACCAAAAUAAAUAAACUUUCCAAUUCUGAAGUACAAUUGUACAAAUGGACAAAGAUAAAGGACCCUUAUUCAUUGUAAACUUCACCCUAUGGAUGAGUUUUAAAUAAUCGUAGGCCGAACUUAAUUCGUCGAACUUAAUUCUGUUCAAAUUUCUUCAGUAUUAUUAUCAAGUUUAUAAGAGGCAAAAUGAUAGAUUUAGAUAAAAACGCUGUGUUUUAAAAACUCAACGUGUCAGUUAUAAAUUCAAGAGAAUAGGAAAGUUUUAAAGUUUCGCACAUUGAACAAUAGAAACUUGAAUUCGGUACGGUGAAAAUUAAAUUCGACGUUAAACCCAGUACUGCAUAGAAGUAGAUUGCCUUUAUGUGCUUUGGCUUCGCUUACGUGCACAAUAGUUAGUUAGUUGUCCUUUUAAGCCCCCGACGCACACGAUAGUUAGUGCGUAAGGGAAAUGCCACGCGAGGCACUUUGAUCAGCGUUUUGCUCACCGCGAACAGCAAAAAUUGGUACGUACACGCUGCUCAAAGCGACUCACGUGCCAUUUCCAUUACGCACUCUCCUUUCGUGUGCGUCGGGGGCUUAAAGGACAAAGAGUGCUAGGUUAGGUCAGACUUUUUACGCGAAUGAUACAUCCAGUUUAUAAAAGCUGAAGAUAAAGUAUUUGACAAAGAAAAUAACUAUUAAAUAUUUUUUUUUAUUAUCACAUCAUAAUUUUAAUAUAUUUGUUUCCCAGGGGAGGAAAUCAAAAUAUUUUUAGUUGAUAAUCUAUUAAAAGUUUCUGUAUUUUUUUCCUUUGCGCCGAAGGGUAUAGAAAUGUCAAACUGAGGAGGGUCCUGGUGAUUUUUGAACAUUUUGUUUCUGUGCGCAAAGUAUUGUACUAUAAAUUUUUCAAAUAAAAGAAACACGUCAGAAAAUGA